AAGAAAAAGGUGUUAGAAAGUUGAUUAUUAAAAUAGAUCUAUUUCCGUGUAAUGAAAAGAAGUGGAAGCCACUUUCUGGCCACUGAAAAUGUGCUAACAUAUUACAUGAACAAGCGUACCCAAAAUGUCGAUAUUGUAACUGAGUAAAUAUUAAUGGCAGAUUUUACUACCAAUAUUAGUUCGAUAUUUGUCCCUUUAAACCACUAUCAGUCCCUCCAGCCUCUUGCAAUGGUUUGUUUUGAAUGUUGUAGAAGGACUGAGAAAUGUGCACACUCCCUGCUCACCUAUGGUGACCUAGCAUUCUUCGUAUUGGCUAUUGUAUUGGUAGUCACGCACCUUACAAAACCUGUUUGACCAGAGAGAUUGUCACUGAUAGUUUCCAAGGCAGGUGUAUACGUCGGUGGGUGGGGCAUCGAAGACUUUUUUAAUCGAGCCCAUUGUCCUUUAGACGGAACUUUAGACGGAAAGAUGAUUUAAGGCUCGUGUUCUCGUUCUGAAUCAUUCGCUACGUAAAAUCGUCCUAGUGGUCUACAACGAGUAAGCUUUCGAAAGGUGUGCCUGUCGCCGUCAUAACUUACAUAGCACCGCCACCAUCCCUGUCAGAGACGACGUCACUGUCCUCAUCAUUAUGUUUCAAAGAAGGACACAGAAGAGCAGGAAACCGAGCUGUUGAAAAGUUUCAUUUUCAGAGCUUCUGAUCUCCAGUAUUUAUUUGGUCGCCACACGUCUGUCGACAGACAAAUACUUAAUUUACCCUGAAAUAGCCUACCGGUCGCCACAAAACGACAUGCUUCAGUGUCACACCGGGAGCUCAUGUAUGAGACAAGGUAAUAAGGCAACGUGGUAUUUUCUGUGCCUUGUAGUGAGCUAUGUAUUAUACCUGAUAUUCGGAGCUUUGAUAUUCUCUUCUGUGGAAUUACCUUACGAGGACGACCUGAAACAGGAUCUUCGAACAAUCAAAGAUACAUUUCUUCAGGAAAAUCCUUGCAUAUCUGAUGCUCGGCUAGAGGAGUUUCUUUCGAGAGUACUUGAGGCGAACAAUUACGGAGUGUCCGUGCUGAAUAACGCAUCCGCAAACAGGAACUGGGAUUUUACCUCUGCGCUAUUUUUCGCAAGCACCGUUGUCUCCACCACAGGCUAUGGGCACUCUGUGCCACUCUCGGAUGGGGGCAAAGCCUUCUGCAUCAUCUACUCCGUGGUUGGGAUCCCCUUCACCCUCCUCUUCCUCACAGCAGUGGUGCAGAGGAUCAUGGUGUUCGUCACGCGGCGGCCUGUGGCCUACCUGCACAGACGGCUGGGCCUGUCUAAGUCCCUAGUGGCUGGAACCCACGCCGCCCUGCUGGCCCUUCUCACCGCCUCGUGCUUCUUCCUCAUUCCUGCCAUAGUCUUCUCAGCCCUCGAGGAGGACUGGAACUUCCUGGAGUCCUUUUACUUCUGCUUCAUCUCGCUCAGCACCAUUGGCCUGGGGGACUACGUCCCAGGGGAGGGGUACAACCAGCGCUUCCGGGAGCUCUACAAGCUGGGCAUCACAGCUUACCUGCUCCUGGGCCUGGUCGCAAUGCUGGUAGUCCUGGAGACAUUCUGUGAGCUGCAGUCUAUGAAAAACUUGAGGAAGAUGUUCUACCUGAAGAAGGAGAAGCCAGAGGACCAGCUGAACAUUGUGGACCACGACCACCUGUCCUUCACCACCGUGUGUGAGCAGACCACCCCUGUGGCAGAAGAGAAGGGAGAUCUCGUACUAGAUGGGUCCUCUAUAGACCAACUUAAUGCCAGUGACAACAUUGUGAUGAGAUGAGAAUGGUUCCCCUUGUUUUCAUCGGCCCACUAGUCACUAGAGAGGAUUAGACUUGAAAUGAGUUUUUUCUUUUUAAACCUACUGUCUAUUUCUGAAGCUGUAUAGGCUGUCUUGAUGGUAUAUCAGGGGCUUUACUUGUUUAGGUAGUGCUUGUGAUUGGUGAACAGUAUUUUAAUUUUUUUAUAAAUAAUCGUUAGCCUAGUGUAUUUUUAUUUAAAUGUUACCGUUGUGCCAUGCCACUACUACAUACUGUAGAUCUGAAUUAGUGCACAAUAAUGCAUGGCUGGUGUUGGGAGGUUUGUAGUGUAAAACUGUCAAAUCAUUUGUUACAGUGUAACAGGUAUGGGCUGGUCCCUGAUGAAGUAGUAUAGAAUAACGUCUUGCCAUAAACUGUAAAUGUUGCCAGUCAACUGUUCAGUGUCUUAAGGGUGGAAAGCAACUGCUUUGCGAACACUGAACAAGUGUACUUAUUGCUAAUAGCAUGGCAUCUACUUGAAACAUGAUUAUGAGGUACUGUUAACAAAACAUGCUUCUCUUAAGAGAAUUUCUUUCUCAAAAACAUGAUGGCAUUCUUGAAGUGGUUACCAGAUACACCCCCCCCCCCCCCCCCAAAUGAGACAUCUCUAUUGUAACAAUACUCAGCUGUUCACUCAAAUGUCCAGGAGGGGGUAGUGUUCAUGCUCUGCCAGUAUAGUGAUGCCAUGACAUAACCCAAUGUACAGCACAUUUAAAAGCAUUAGUCAUGCUGUAGCAUGAUGGGACUCAGUCAAUAACAUUCCAUAAUGGGACAUGUCUAGGGACCUACUGAACUGUGUAAGUACUGCAGCAACAGUGAAAGUCAUUUUUGUAAUACAAGGUGCUUUAUAUUCUGAAAUUCUCUGAAUCGUGUCCUUAGUAUACAGCACCUUAAUUUACUUUCUGCACGUAACAUUCUCAGUCUGAAAUCAGAUAUAAUACAUUGACUCAGUGGCAGUUUUCCAGUCACAUUUUAUUUCCCCUCAUGCCAGCUCUAUGACUUGCAUUUUCACGUCAAGGAUCUCAUUCUUUACACUGAAGGGAUAUACGGACAUAUAUUAUUUUAUGUUUAUUCAUUUAAUGUAUACAUAUUUGACAAAUGGUGAGUAUCUCCUGAGGGGGGAAGUACAUUUUAUUUUCCUUAUUUUCUUUACAGAGUAUUCCAGACAUUUGCUUCAGUAAAUUUACGCAACAACAACAAAAAUGUGUCGCUUUAACUCAUGCUGGGGACAUUAGCUCAGAAAAUCACUUUACAAAAUAAUAAACUCAAUAUUUGGUGCA